AGGGAGCGAGGUAUCAUGGAGGAUCAGUAGGCAAACUGUGGUCAUCAGAGGAGAGCAGCUACGGCUCUGAUCCCCGGGACUUUCUCAACUGUUCAUCAGUUAUCACCUCGAACGGAAGAUUCAAGAAUGGACAUGAAGAAGAGGAUCACCUUGGAGCUGCGGAACCGGAGCCCGACGGAGAUUGCAGAGCUGGUGCUGGACAACAGUCGCUCUGCAGACGGCGAGGUGGAGGGUCUGACAGACGCGUUCACAGAGCUUGAGUUCCUCAGUAUGGUCAACGUGGGUCUGAGCUCGCUGGCUAAACUGCCCUCACUGCCCAAACUACACAAGUUGGAGCUGAGCGACAACAACCUGUCAGCUUCUCUGGAGACACUGUCAGAAAAAUGUCCAAACCUGACCUACCUCAACCUGAGCGGGAACAAGAUCAAAGAGCUGAGCAACGUGGAGGCUCUGCAAAACCUGAAGAGCCUGCAGAGUCUGGACCUGUUUAACUGUGAGAUCACGUCUCUGGAGGACUACAGGGAGAGCGUGUUCGAGCUGCUGCCUCAGGUCACCUACCUGGACGGAUUCGACCAGGAGGACAACGAGGCGCCCGACUCUGAGGCAGACGAUGAAGACGAGGACGGCGAGGACGGGGCGGGGCCGACUGGAGACUACGACGAUGACGACGACGAAGAGGAGGAUGAGGACGGCUCAGAGGGAGGAGAGGUGGGGCUGAGCUUUCAGGUGAACCGUGCUAACCAGGAUGACGAUGAGGAUGAAGACGACUAUGCAGAGGAGGAGGAGGAAGAGGAUAAAGCGGGCGUUCAGGGACAAAAGAGGAAGAGAGACGUGGACGACGAAGGCGAGGAUGAUGACGACGACGACGAUGACGACGACUAGCCGUCCGGCGAUGGUCGUCUGUGUGUCGUCCUGUCCUGUUUCUGUCCAUCUCCGUCCUCCUCCGGAUCCGACCUCCGCCAGACAACAAACAAACAAGUCGACCAGUCAGGGCGCAGCAACAGGAACAGUGUGAUCAGUUUUCACUUCUUUAGAUUUAUCAGGACACGCCUCCCUUUAAAACCAGGAUCAAACUAUGACCCCGCCUCCUCUCCCCAUCCUGGACUCUGAUCCUGGACUCACGCCAACAUCCUCCGCCGGACCGCUCAGACGAAUAAAUCAGGUGUGAAUUUUUCUGCUUCAGGCCGACGCCCACUCUUGAGACGAAACGCCGUUUGUCCUGAAGAUCUGGAAAGUUCCCGAUGGAGAGUCCAGUCCAGCUCAGACCACAAGACUCCAGCCUCAGAUACUGAACUUAAAACCCAAAUUCUGAUUGGUCCAUGUGAUGCUGCGCGUGAACGUUACCAUGGUUACAGUGGAUGUGGGAUGUAACCACGCGCUCAUCUGAUUUUAGAAACACCGUUUUAUCAUUUUUAAAGAAGUGCGAGCGGCGCCGUGAUGUUGUUUUAUCCGUGGCGUUCGUGCGUCUCUUAUAAGUGAACGCUGUUUUAUUCACUCUGCACGCCAUGUCUGAACGCCUCCCUUAUUCAGUUACUGAGGCAGAUGGCGCCCACUGCUGGUUGUUACAUCCUUACAUGUGAUGUCAUCAAAUCAGACGACCAGAGUCCACCUAGAACCAAACUCCAAAACCUUCUGAACAGGAAGUGAAUCCUUUGAUUGACAGCUUCACACCCGCCCCGCCAGUCAAAAUUCUCACACGCUGGGCGGCGACCGUCUGGUGACGCCAUUUAGAGUCUGAGCGGUGGAUCCCGCCCCUUUAACCCAAACACAUUCAAUAACCUGCUGAAAGGUCAAAGGUCGCUUUCAGAUGUCUCAGCGCCUCCGUCCUUGUUACCGCCACCGCUUUCGUCUUCUGAGGUUAUUUAAUGGCAGUUAGCAGCUGCGAUCUGGUGGCCGGAGAGCGUAACAACCAGACGAUCCAGGACGCCAUCAGCGCUGCGAUGGUUAAUCUCUUUUUAACGUUCGUUCAGUUUAGCGCCGAGGUUUUGGAUCUUGUGGUCUGAACUGGAUCUCAAAGAACCUGAUACAUCUUCAUCACAUGACUCUGAGCCAGGACACACCUCCGUCUGCGUCUGGACUCUAACAGGACCAAUCAGGGACGAGUUUCAGGAUUCCCCGCCAUCUUUGACCCUUUAGCUGCUGAUCAGGAUGAGUAGUGAUCACUCUGCCCGUCACACCUGCUGUAGACAUGAUGAUGAUAUUCCCCAUGUGUGUUUGAUUUAUUGUAGGGGGUUUCCCAGGGAAGAUUAGGGGGGCAGGUGGGAGCAAAGUUUAGUCUGAUGUGUUUUUUUGUAUUAUUGUUUUGUCCAUGAACAGCUGUUUUGUAGUUUGAUGUGAAAGCGAGCGCCGUGUCCUCAAACAGCCCGUCCCCUCGCCAUGUUCAGACCGCUGUCGUGUAACUACUCAGGCUCCGCCCCCCUGAAAUAUACCUCAACCUCCAACUGAACCUGCAGCUCCUCUUAAGGGAAUAGUUUCCCUUCAUGUAGACCAAACUUGCGCU